GUGAUAUAUGGAAAUAUGAAUGCACUUAGAGGGGAUAUUACUAAGCAUGCGAGCUGCUAAUCGACCGUGCUGCGACAAUUGCAGUUCGCUAUACUUCUAUACGUCGACAAUUCGAAGAUAGAGACGAGACCAAUUCUUCACUAGAAUUGGUUGUCUCAGGCUAUCUAUCGGUCCAGAUCCGUCCGCUUCCACUGCUUGCAACGACAUUCGCUUCGCAUUACAAUGGACAAACCAUGAGAAGACUUUACGAGAUUAAUUGUGAAUCGAUUAGUCAGAACGACUUCCCAGAGACGCACGCACUUUCCUCAGGCCUCAAAUCCUUGGCUGCAGACGGCAUUGAGAUAAGCCGCCGUACACUAGGCGGGCACGGCUUUGGUGAGUGCAGUGCUAUGAUCCCAUUGAACAGUGAUUACUUGUCGAAGGCUACAGUGGAAGGAGAUAACUAUAUGAUCACUCAACAAACCGCAAGGUAUUUGAUAAAGGUGAUGGGCAGUGAAAAGCAAGUCAACUGCAAAAGCCGAUGCAACAGAGAGAAUGUAUCGGGAAUAUCUUUACCAGCUGUCAACGGCUCCCCUCGAUAUCUACAACGACGACCCGUCAACUGUCCGAUCGUUUCAGCAUCGCGCUUGCUUCGUUGGAGCUUCGAAUAAGCGUGGCAAGAGUCGAGAAACGCCGAGCUUGGACAAGUCUCAUGAUUGAAUUUCAUGGGCUGAGUACUGUCCAUUCAGAGAUGCUGCUAGUGAAUGAUUUUUUCAGUGCGCCGAAAGCCCGACCCUAGAAUCCCUUGCAAGAUUCCCCACAAGGUGUGAUGAGACUGAUGUUCAGGCUAUUUUAUCUUCACAUAAUUUAGUGACGACCGACCAAGUUUUUGGCAUCCGGAGCAGUCACACUAGGUGGUGGAGCCAAGCUAAAUGACGGGGAUUCCUUCGGUCAUGUCUCGAAUCCGACCUCAUGUCGACAGCCUUGUUGACGCAUGGUCAAUUCUAGAUUACCUCCUCCAAAGUGCUUUGGCCAAAUAUGGUGGGGACGCUUACUAUACCCUGACCCCUCUCGACACGCUAACUUUUGAAUGUAAAUUGGAGAAGGGAAGAGAUAGUGCUUGGAGAGAGGGAGCACACAUCCAGAAAGAAAAUUGAGCGUCUG